AUGGCCAAAGUCGAAUGCUUCUUGAGACCGUUCCGCGGGGGUCGGGAUGACCUGAGCGAAUUCUGGGCGAAGUUCUCAGUUGUCGCGGACUUGCAGAAGUGGGACUCGGACGAAAAGAAGAUGGCGAAUCUACAGCUCUAUCUCGAGGGUGAGGCGUUCACCGUGUGGAACGAGAUGGCGGCAGCGGAUAAGAAGAAGCCGGCCGAUGUGAAAGCGAAGCUGACCGCCGCUUUUGGGAUGGCACCGGAUCAAGCAUACUCGAUGUUUACGUCCAGGAUCUUGCGAGGAGACGAGUCGGUGGACAACUUCGCAGCGGACUUGAAGAGGCUUCUCACCUUGUCUGGUGAGCAGGUUGAUGCUGAUGGGAAGAAUAAAAUAGUGAUCGGGCAGUUUCUCUCCGGGCUCCCCUCUCAGUUUGCGAAGGAGCUCCGUAUGAGUGGAAAAACGGACACCAUCGACGAUUGCGUGGAGUACGUCAGGCGGCUUAGAAGCGUGGAACGAUCGAUGAAGCCCGGUGUGGCAGCAGUGAGCUACGGUGCUCUAGACGAUCGGGCUCCAUCAGGCUCUUCCAGGAUGACCGCUGCAGCAGGUGUAGGUUGCGACUCCGCAAGACGUGUCCUGUGCUACAAGUGUGGUCAAGUUGGCCACUUCAAGCGGAACUGCCCUGCGAGCACUAGUAGUGGUACCGGUAGCCACAAGCAAGCCAAACACAGUCAGCUGACGUGUUUAUUCUGCGACGAGGCUGGGCAUAUGAUAAGAGAUUGUUCGGAGUUCAAGGCCUUCAAGCAGAAGAAGCAGCGGGGUGGGAGUGCAGCCGCUGCUCCUGUGCACUCUGGUGAUCAUGGUAACUCCAAGGUGUUAUGCCUGAGCAGUGGAGGUGACAGUCUGCCACGGAUCUUUGUGGACAUCAAACGGUCCGGCGGUCCAAGCAAGCGUGUAGUAGCUGCUGUGGACACCUGUGCAUCCCGCUCCCUUGUAGCUAGCGCCCUGGCAACCGACCUAGCUUUGGAUAUCAGGCCUACGUCAUCGACAAUUAAUGCGAUCGAUGGCAGUCCGGUGGAUGUCCGUGGCGUCGUGGAGUGUACAAUCUCACGGCUGGAUAGUGCUGUGGUUCGCCUACGUGAGACCGAGACUGACAUGCUGGUGGUGGACGACCUGUCUGUCGUGGAGGCUGAUGUGCUGAUUGGAGUUAACAGCAUCGCGACUCUGGGUGGUGUGCAUAUGCAGUAUGACGCAGGAGAACUGGUGGGGGUUGUAUUCGGGACCGUCAAUGCUGCAUGCCCAUUGGUGCUGGCGUCGAGCACCCCAGAUGAGCAUCCAUCACGCCCCGAGUCGGAAGCACGAGCCGUCGCUGAAGACUUUCACCACGCGGACGUGGAGAAGCUCAGCAAUGGCGAUGUUGUGCUGCGGGCAUCAGAUAUGAUCCUCCGGUGGAGUACGGCUGACAAGGCGUGGGAGGUGCAGUGGCAAUGGGCGGACAAGACGGAGCCGACUACGUGCAUCGGGUCAGGCCUUGGAGAGUACCCACGAUCCAAGCUCUCCAAGGAGCAGGAACAGCUAUUUGGAGAUGAGGUUGAAAAAUGGCUCGGCAACGGCUGGCUAGUGAAGCAUGACGUCGAGAAGCAUGGUGAGCCGAGAUGUGUGCUGCCUCUGCUCGCUGCUACGCAGGAGCAUAAGGCAUCAACGCCAGUUCGGCCCUGCCUCGACUACCGGCUCCUCAACCAGAAGCUGACGUCGCACCCUGGCACCGACGCUCCGGCAUGUGGCGAGACGCUACGGAGGUGGCGUCAAGCGGGCGUUCCGCAAGCGUAUCAGCUGCUGGAUAUCAGCAAAGCGUACCUACAGGUACGCAUUCAUCCCGAUUUGUGGCGUUAUCAGUGCGUGGUGUGGCGUGGCGAAGUGUACGUCCUGGAGCGGAUGGGCUUCGGGCUGUCCGUGGCUCCAAAGGCAAUGGACUUGAUCGUGAAGUGGGCCACGCGUGAUCUCGCUGGCGUAGACAACUACGUGGAUGAUCUCUACGUCCCAGAGCAGCUCGUCGACCGCACCAAGUCGCGGCUCCUGGAGUAUGGCCUGCCAACCAAACCGGCUGAGCCAGCCAUGAGUGCGCGUGUGCUAGGUCUGCAACUUCAGGCUGGUGACGAGGGGAGUGUGUCGUGGACGCGUCGCGAAGGUGUGUCUCUACAGCUACCCGACAAACCAACGAAGCGCGAACUGUUUAGUUGGUGUGGCAGAGUGAUUGGGCACUACCCUGUGUGUGCCUGGCUGCGCCCAUCGUGUUCGUAUGCCAAGCGCCUUGCCUGCACGUCAGAGGUGGCAUAA